CUUUCCUUUCCUGCCUUCGCGGGCUCCAUCCCUGCUGCAGAUCGUGCUUCACUCUCAGGACUCUCGGACACUGCCAUUCGCGAAUGGGUCGUCACCAAGGCGGACGAGUAUCGUGCGAUCGCCCUGUCUCUGCUAUCUCUCCACAACUCAAUCGCGCCCAUCCACCGCGCUUUCCCGGUGGAACUCCUCUCUGAGGUUCUUUCACACUGCUGGCACGACAUGAGCAGUGUCCGCCUCAUCCACGUCUGCCGUCUCUGGCGCGCGACGGCACUCAAAACCCCGCAACUGUGGGCAGAGGCCGCCGCAGCUCCGGGGACCCAACUCACAUUCAACAAGGCCAGGAUCAAGGCGCAGUGUCAACACCUGGAAGAGGACCGCAUCUCGUUUGCAGCUACCGCGAUAGAACUAUCAUCUCCGGCCCCGCUGCGCCUCAAGAUUCAUUUCCUCCCUGAUGCCCUAUCCCAUACACUCUCGCCGCACACCUCCCGACUUGUCGAUUUGUUCGUUCGUCUCCAAAGCGCCGCACAAUUCAAGUCUCUGUGCGCACUUCUUGCCAACGGCGUCCCCAACCUCAACGUCCUCGGCAUCGCGUUUCCC